AUGGGAAUUCGUUUGCAAUACGCGAACCUCUAUGAAUGUCCGCAGCACUAUUCAACGCAUUGCGAUUUUUUGCGAGUGUGCACGUUGCUCGAGAUGUGCUCGAUACCCAUCAAUAUGGCGAUGUUCGCCAUCACCAUAUACGCGCUUCGAAAGGCGACGUUCCAUUAUAAUUUGGUGCGAAUCGCCAUCAUUCUACUCGCCGGCUAUUAUACGCUAAUGUGCGGCCGAUUGGUGACGUGCGUUUUCGAAAUCGGACUCAUUCGAAUCCACGGCAACGCCGAACACUCGAUGGUCCUUCAAAUCUGCUCGUACCUUCAGCUAUUCUAUUUCGGCGUCGCUUGCUCCAUCGGCACCGCGUGUGCGAUGGAGCGCUGUUUCGCCACCGUCUACGUGUUCGACUAUGAGCUGAAAAAGCGGACGUGGGUGAUCUAUUUGGUGUUCGGCACGACGAUUAUGCCGUGCGUUCCGAUUGCGUUCCUCAUUCUCAUCGACGUCCUACCGAUUCCGAUGAUGGCUCUUGUUGGGAUGGCGACGAGCUUCAGCUCGUUUUUUGUGAGUCUUCGAAAUGUCGCAAUUGAUUCGAUUAAUUAUGGCAACACGUGUGCAAACACCGCGACGCAAUCUUACACACACAAGAGCCAUUUUCGAUUUCAGCUCUUCAACAUUCUCUAUUUCAUCAAUAAGGAGAAGCUGCGACGAGUGCAGUGCGUGAAUACCAUCUACUCGCUUAGUGUGCGAUUCCAAUUGAAUGAGAAUCUUGUCACCAUGAAGCUUCUGCGAAAUGUUGUCGUCAUCAGCACAACAUUCAACAUCAUAAUGGCUACCAUGCUAGUCGGAUUCAUCGACGACGAUUUCCGAGCCUCACAUCCAUUAACUGCCCUCUACCUUCAUGCGCUUUUCGAUUUUUUCAGCUUUUUAUAUGGCUUAUUUAUUAUUCUAACCAUUCUCCUUAGUGUAAAAAAAUAUCGAUUAUACUUUUUUGGGAAUCGUUUAGUUCGAAGCGCGCUUGCGCCGAUUCUCGGACGCUGGUUCGGCGAGGAGCUCGGAAGGCCUCGUAAAAAUGUGGUUCAGCGGAUGUCGAUUCAAGCCGAGACCGAAGUGUAUUUCGCGAAGCUGAACGGCCAGUGGAAUAUUGGAAUCCCAUGA